AAGGCUACUAUCUGGAGGGACUUUUCUUCCAUGGCUCAGGACAUACUCCUGGAUCAAGCUAAGAGAACUUUCUGUGUGACCUAAGCCCAAAGACCCUCAAAAGGGCUGCUGAUGAAGAUGACAAGUGUCCGCUGCAAGCUGGCCCAGUAUCUAGAGGACCUUGAAGAUGUGGACUUCAAGAAAUUCAAAAUGCAUUUGGAAGAUUACCCGCCUGAGAAAGGCUGUAUCCCAAUCCCCAGGGGCCAGAUGGAGAAGGCAGACCACUUGGAUCUAGCCACGCUCAUGACUGACUUCAAUGGGGAGGAGAAGGCGUGGGCCAUGGCAGUGUGGAUCUUUGCAGCGAUCAACAGGCGAGACCUCUGGGAAAAAGCCAAGAAGGACCAGCCAGAGUGGAAUGAUGCUUGUGUGUCUAAUUCCUCUGUGGUAUGCCGGGAAGACAGCCUUGAAGAGGAGUGGAUGGGUUUGCUGGGAUAUCUCUCCCAUAUCUCAAUUUGUAAAAGAAAGAAAGAUUACUGUAAGACGUACAGAAGACAUGUGAGAAGCAGGUUCUACUCUAUCAAAGACAGGAAUGCACGUCUGGGUGAGAGUGUGGACCUCAACAGGCGCUACACUCAGCUCCAACUGGUCAAGGAGCAUCCAAGCAAGCAGGAGAGGGAGCAUGAACUCCUGACAAUCGGCAGGACUAAGAUGUGGGACAGACCCAUGAGUUCCCUUAAGCUGGAGCUGCUGUUUGAGCGGGAGGAUGAGCACCUGGAGCCUGUGCACACAGUAGUGUUCCAGGGAGCAGCAGGCAUCGGGAAAACUAUCCUAGCCAGGAAGAUUAUGUUGGACUGGGCAUUGGGGAAGCUCUUCAAAGACAAAUUUGAUUAUUUGUUCUUUAUCCAUUGUCGAGAGGUAAGCCUCAGGACACCAAGGAGUCUAGCAGAUUUGAUUGUCAGCUGCUGGCCUGACCCAAACCCACCAGUAUGCAAGAUCCUUCGAAAACCUUCCAAGAUCCUCUUCCUCAUGGAUGGCUUUGAUGAGCUGCAAGGGGCCUUUGAUGAGCACAUUGAGGAGGUCUGCACAGACUGGCAGAAGGCUGUGCGGGGAGACAUCCUGCUAAGCAGCCUCAUCCGAAAGAAACUGCUGCCUAAGGCCUCUUUGCUCAUUACAACGAGGCCCGUAGCCUUGGAGAAACUGCAGCAUCUCCUGGACCGUCCCCGCCACGUGGAGAUCCUAGGUUUCUCUGAGGCCAAAAGGAAGGAAUAUUUCUUUAAGUAUUUCUCAAAUGAGCUGCAGGCCAGGGAAGCCUUCAGGCUGAUCCAAGAGAACGAGAUCCUCUUUACCAUGUGCUUCAUCCCCCUGGUCUGCUGGAUCGUGUGCACAGGGCUAAAGCAGCAGAUGGAGACCGGAAAGAGCCUGGCCCAGACCUCCAAGACCACUACUGCCGUCUACGUCUUCUUCCUUUCCAGCCUGCUGCAAACCCGGGGGGACAUCGAGGAGCACCUCUUCUCUGCCCACCUGCAGGGGCUGUGUUCUCUGGCUGCGGACGGAAUUUGGAACCAGAAAAUCCUAUUUGAGGAGUGUGAUCUGCGGAAACAUGGUCUGCAGAAGACCGACGUCUCCGCUUUCCUGGGGAUGAACGUGUUUCAGAAGGAAGUGGACUGCGAGAGGUUCUACAGCUUCAGCCACAUGACUUUCCAGGAGUUCUUCGCUGCUAUGUACUAUUUGCUGGAAGAGGAGGAAGAAGGGGUGACCACGAGGAAGGGGCCGGCAGGUUGUUCAGAUCUUUUGAACCGAGACGUGAAGGUCCUCCUAGAAAAUUACGGCAAGUUUGAAAAAGGCUAUCUAAUUUUUGUUGUCCGUUUCCUCUUCGGCCUUGUAAACCAGGAAAGAACCUCCUAUUUGGAGAAGAAACUAAGUUGCAAGAUCUCUCAGCAAGUCAGACUGGAGCUGCUGAAGUGGAUUGAAGUGAAAGCCAAGGCCAAGAAGGUACAGAGGCAGCCCAGCCAGCUGGAACUGUUCUACUGCCUGUAUGAGAUGCAGGAGGAAGACUUUGUGCAGAGCGCCAUGGACCACUUUCCCAAAAUUGAGAUCAACCUCUCUACCAGAAUGGACCAUGUAGUUUCUUCUUUCUGUAUUAAGAACUGUCAUAGGGUAAAAACACUUUCCCUGGGGUUUUUCCACAACUCACCGAAGGAGGAAGAAGAAGAGAAGAGAGGAAGUCGACCCUUGGACCAGGUCCAGUGUGUUUUCCCAGACUCUAGUGUUGCCUGUUCUUCUAGACUGGUGAACUGCUGCCUCUCUUCUAGCUUCUGCCGAGGUCUCUUCUCAAGUCUAAGCACCAACCAGAGCCUCACUGAACUGGACCUCAGUGACAAUACUCUGGGGGAUCCGGGCAUGAGGGUGCUGUGUGAAGCACUCCAGCACCCAGGCUGUAACAUUCAGAGAUUGUGGUUGGGGCGCUGCGGAUUGUCCCAUCAGUGCUGCUUCGACAUCGCUUCAGUCCUGAGCAGCAGCCAGAAGCUGGUGGAGCUGGACCUCAGUGACAAUGCCCUGGGGGACUUUGGAGUCAGACUGCUGUGUGUGGGACUGAAGAAUGUGCUCUGCAACCUACAGAAACUUUGGUUGGUCAGCUGCUGUCUCACAUCCGAGUGUUGUCAGGAUCUCGCAUUGGUUCUGAGCUCCAACCAUUCUCUGACCAGACUGUACAUUGGAGAAAAUGCCUUGGGAGACCCAGGAGUUCAAGUUUUGUGUGAAAAGAUGAAGGACCCACAAUGUAACUUGCAGAAGCUGGGGUUGGUGAAUUCCGGCCUUACUUCGAUUUGUUGUUCAGCUCUGACCUCUGUGCUCAAAACUAACCGGAACCUCACACACCUCUACCUACGAGACAAUGCCCUUGGCAAUACGGGACUCAAGCUCCUCUGUGAGGGACUUCUGCACCCCGACUGUAAGCUACAGAUGCUGGAAUUAGAUAACUGUAGCCUCACCUCACACUGCUGCUGGAAUCUCUCCACAAUUCUGACCCAUAACCAGAGCCUACGGAAGCUGAACCUGGGCAACAACGACCUGGGCGAUCUGUGUGUGGUGACACUCUGUGAGGUUCUGAAACAGCAGGGCAGCCUCCUGCAGAGUCUACAGUUGGGUGAAAUGUAUUUAAAUUAUGAAACAAAACGCGCCUUAGAAGCCCUCCAGGAAGAAAAGCCUGAGCUGACUGUUGUCUUUGAGAUUUCUUGGUAGGUGUGGAAGCAGGACUACCAGGGGCCACAGUCCUGCCCCAAGUCCUGCCCCAGCCUCAGUGAACACUGUUCUUCACUGCUAUCAAGCCCUCCUUCACCAUCAGGACCACAGCCCUGGCUCUUCUAGUAUAGUGUAUGGAGCAAAGGCUUGUGUGGUACCAAGCAUGUUUUCUCCAGUGAAGACACUGAUAAUGUGAAACUGCUGGAAGAUGCCCUUUGGGUCAUGUCCUCAGCUGGCAAGGUGUUCCCUCUUGGUGACUUCAUGGAACCAGCUUCUAGAAAACACAUUUUCUGUCGUUUCCCUCCUCCACCUCCUCUGCUACUUUUUAACUCUUCCUUCUCCUCCUCUUCUCCCUCCCCAUCGCUCUGUCUC